GCGUACAUGACUCGUGACUCUGCAGUGCUGACUGAAAAAAAGAUUGUCCCAUUUACUCCUUCUUAAAACUUCCGUUAGUGGUUUAGACUGUAUUUUUAGAAAAAAAAUGGCGUUAUCCUAAUCUAAAGUAACAGAUCUGUCCUGCUAAGCAAGUGUUUUUAAGAGUCUUAACGGUCGAAGUCCAAAGGGUCGAAAGUGACAUCAGUGCGUCGAUCGAACACGUUCUGGUUCUGGUGAGAACUCGCCUCGGGCGACGACAACAUCUGCAGUAAACAUGGACUCGAAGACGCCGAUCUUCUUGAAGAACUGUUUUGCGUGGUUUUUCUUGGCACUCCUGACCACAGUAACAGCCCAAAACGGAAAUGAUGACUACGCAGGCAUGCAUGUUCGCUGUACCGAAAAUUACAUGGAAUUAACCCUCGAAAGACAACACUAUGGAAAGAUCGACCCAGCCUCCCUCCAUCUCACAGACCCUAGCUGUGGUCCUACGUUUUAUAAUGACACGCUGAUGGUCAUAAGAGCGCCUCUGGGUAGUUGUGGUACAGUCGCUGGUCGCCGAGGCAUUUUACUGGGAUUUCGCAAUGAAGUGUACGGGGAUUUGAUUGGCAGAAGUGCGAUAUCGCGGGAGCCAGCGUACCAGUUCCGUCUUCAGUGUCUGUAUUAUACAACAGCGAAAAUAGUGCUGCAUCCAUUUAAACCCAUAGAGAAGAUAGUGGUCAACCCACCACCAGGAUUUGGAAACUUUACAUUUGAGACCAACAUGUUCCAGACAGAUAAAUACAUCAGUAAAUUCACCAAGUUUCCAGUCAAGGUGAAAGUUGGUGAGAGUAUUUACCUGCAAGUUCGACUGAGGUCAAACGCAACUGGUCUGUCGAUGCUGCUCGACAACUGCUGGGCGACUCCGACACCAAACCCAAAUGACUCCACGUCUUACGAUUUGAUAAAGGAUGGCUGCCCAGUAGAUCCAUACCUGAACUACAAGGUCUCGGAUUCCAGUUAUCAGCGGUUUAGUUUUGACGCUUUCAAAAUGGAUGAUGCAGAAGUGAUGUAUCUUCAUUGCGAGGUUCUUGUCUGCGCAAACAAUGAGAAGAAUACCACUCGUUGUGCUGAAGGCUGUGUAGAAAAUAAUCCGGGUGGAAGCAGGCGGAAGCGGCGAGAUGAGACGAAUCAGGAGAGGAAAGAAAUGACGUCUUUAGGCCCGGUGANAAAAAAAAAUGUUCCUAAAAUACAAUGCCGUGGAGCAAGUCUAGAAGGUAAGAAAUGACCUCAAAGAUCAAGGCCGUCAUCUGACGUCAUCUAAUGCAUUUCUGUUUUUUUUGUUUUGUUUGAAGCUGGUUCUCGUUCCCAGUCCCCUCUCGUCGCAGUUGAGAAGACAGUAGUCGUCGUGACCUUCAUCUUGGCUUUUCUUCUGGUGAUGUAAUUAAGAAUUAGCAACCAAUCACAGCGAGGUUUCACAAAACAUCAAAUUAAUCUCGUCACCGACGACUCCGAACAGCUCGCAUACGUAAACAAGCUAGGAGAGUAGCAAGAAAGAAUAUGAAAAGUCACAGACAGGCAGAGCAAAUGGUUUGUAGUUUGGUAAAAAAAGAAAUACAGUGGCACAUAAGCAUAGUGUUCAUGGUUGCCUAGCCAGUGAAAACAGACGCCUCCUAUCACUUCCGGUCGUCUUGGAAGCGACUAGAAGUGGUUACAUUGCAGUCUAAUACCUGCUUGUCUGUCCACAGCAAUUAACCCUUGCAUGUUAGAUGUAACACACAUUUCCAAACACCGAGAAGAGCGUAGUAUUUUUGACGAACUUCGAGGUGUUUGGAAAUGUGGUCAAACACUGUCUUGAGUGUUUGAUAUAUCUUCUCACUCGAAACUAACACUACGGAGAAAACGGAGGAAUAAAAUCGUAAAUAUCUCUGCUAAUUAAGAUCAAAUAUCCAAACACUGUCGCGGUCAUGAUUUCCUUUGUUUGAACUUGAUGAACUGUUAAUGAGUUUGAGAAGUCAAUGCAAAAGUUCUCCUGAUAGCUCUUUACAAUUAUUCAUAAAAUAUUAUGGGAAAAUUUGAUUGUAUAUGAGAACAGCACCUUGGUUGCCAGCGUUUGGAUUCUAAUUAAGUUCACGCUGGAUUUUAUAUAGAUAUUCUGAGAAUUCCUAGCCUGAUCAGUGUUGAUUGUAGUGGGUUAAAUGCUGAUAAGACAGCGUAUAAGACAGGCAUUUUUAAUCAAACACAUUUCGUGUCUAAGGAAAUUAUUGCAUAUAAUUAUAUAUGCACUAGGUGUCAGCUUUAGAGCUUUAGAAAUCAUUUAUAAUGACAGUAAUUUAUGGUUGAAUUAAAAGCUGGGCGCAUGCGCAUUGUAUUGUAGUAAUCGCUGAAUUAUUUACUUAUUUAAGGCGAAGUCGUCACUUUCAGAAAGGUAUUCAUGGAAGUUUUUUACACUCUACAAAGUUUUAGAAAUGUGGAUAUUGUAGUUGCCUUCAUAGUUAUUUACAACCUGCGGGUGAAAAGACGUCCAACAUUUCAGUCUUAACGUGGUAGAGAUGAUUUUCAAAUAAAUGUUUAAAAACGUUCAUAUUUAAGUUGCGCUCAUAUAUAAUUCACUCACUAGACGAAUUCUUGCGACAUCAUUUUAAAGUUGCUUUUGACAAUGGCAAUAUUAUCGACCUUGGCUAAGUGAUUUCUUGAUUUCUAUUUUAUAAUCAAUACAAAAAAAUCUUACUUCUGGAGAAACAAACGAUAUAAGCUUCUUGAAUGUGCCAUAAUGGCUUUACUUAUCUAAGCUAAAGGGUCUCGACACGGCUAGAGAGAGGCGCAAUUCAGUUCUCGACAGCAAAAAACUAUCGAAAACUAAAAAGCCAGUGCGUGAAGCGAGUUAUCGAUAACAAUCUGUAACAACAAAUAGUUAGCGCCAUCUAAAUGCUUUUUUUUUUAAUUUUAAAAAAGGAAAGCUGCUUUAGUUGUAGAUAACAAGUAACUGUCGUUUUAGUUUUCCCUAGUCCUUGAGAGAUCUAGAGUUGCGGACAACUCAAUCACGAAAAAUGUAGAAAGGCUGAUUAACGAUACGGAAACUAUACACUAUCAAAAUUCCAAUAUUUCCAAAACACAUUUCUUAUUCGUCGGUGUUUGAUGUCCGCGGUUUCAGCGUCAAACAUGCGUUAAAACUUUUACUACUCUGAAAUGCACAUCGAACGGUAUUUAGCGAGGUUUCAGAUAAGAAGUUUCGUUAUUGAUGACUUUUCCCUAAGUUCGUGGAGAACUUUCAUCGAACGCUAAUAGACUUCGACCAUUAUAAUUCUCGACUGCAAUCUCUCUAGUCUGUCUUGGCCCCAAGCCCCAAUAUAUCAAAUAUAACUGAUUGACCACUCAAUAACAGUGACACUUAAUAAUAUUUCUAGCGCUAUUUAUAUUUCCAUGGAAGUCAUGAAGUCGGCAAGACAAGACAAUGUGUUUUUUAGUGCAAAAUGGACAUGGAAAAGGUACAAGUGUUUUAUAAACAGUUUUCUAUAGCGAGGAUCUUUCGUGAGGACCCAAACCUAUUUGGAAAAGGGUGGCUUUUCAUGGGAAUAUUUGUAAACCGUUUUUACUGUUGAAAGGUUGCGAUGGUUUUCGUUAUCGCGGUUUUAAGAGCAGUCUGAUUUUUUUUUAAACUAAUCAUGUUCCUAAGGAAAUUUCCUUCCUAUUUUUCCCCCGCGCUUUUUACGAUUUCACCGGUAACAUGUUUUCCCGCGCUUUUCACCGGUAACGCGUUUUCCCGCGCUUUUCACCGGUCACAUGCGCAUACUCCGUGUUCUGAUUGGUUAUCAUCUUGCAAAUGGUUUUUUUAGUCCGACUUCAAUCAAAAUAAAGCUAUUCUAAAUUCACAGCGCAAUUUUCGUCUUACGUACUUGUUUUACAUUUAUAAAGUAAAAUCGUGAUUUCCGGCUUCGAAGUUUUGUAGUCUUUUUAAUCACAGCAGGCUAAGGUUACUCAAUGCUGUUUUAGUCUCCUUAGCAGCCACAAAGUAGGCUCGAGUUAAGGCUCGAGUAGUUUCGAUUUUCGCCGCUGUCUUGAGCGCGGGCUCUUGGUGACUGAAACGUUGCGUGACCGCUGAAGUAACGAACGCGCGGACAUCCGCCCCCCCCAAUAAUGCUUCGUUUGCUAGGCUUUUGCGCAGGAAAUAUUUAAAUAGAUUAUUAUUUUAACCUUCAAAGGAGCCGUGAAUACAUUAGUAGUAAUGUUCAAAUAAGAAGAUUCUGCAAAGUAGGAAACAUAAUUUUAAUAGGGCAAAACAAAAUAACACUUGUUCUUGUAGUAGACAAAAGAGAGAAAAUAAAAUAAUCUUGUGUGCCAUAUUAUAACCAACAGAAA